AUGUGCUUGUCUUAUAAAUGCACAAUGUUUGAAUUGGUUUGCACAGCAUUCAAAUCGACCAAGUCCGUUUUCGAUGUGUUCAAGGACCUGUUCAAGGGCUACGAGUACGGCCCGGUAUAUACCUUCUGGAUAUUCAAUAGGCCUCAUGUGAUGGUCACGGAUGUGGACAUCGCUCGCGAGGCGUUCAGGAAGAAUGACUUCGCGGGUCGACCCGACUCUUACUUUGGCAGUCAACUGUCCAAUGAUCGCUUCCAAGACGUUCUCUUCACAGACUAUGGCCACACGUGGGAAGCGCUCCGACGGGUGGCCCACUCGGCCGCACAAAAGUACUCAACAAAUGACAAACUCGUGUAUUUAGCCGUUGAUUGUGUCGACCAAACACUGAAGGAAAUGUUGAACAGGGAGGGGACGGACCGGGCAUUUAAUCCGCAAAACUAUAUCUACUUAAUGUUUCUCAAUAUUAUGUCCGCCAGUGCUUUCGGCCAGAGAUAUAACAUUGAAGACAAGGAAUUUAAGCAAAUAAAGUAUGCGCUGAAGGACUUCGGCAAAGAGGCCGGCAGUCGGUUCCUGUUGUGGGAGUUCUCGCCGUUAUUGAGAUUUUUGGACAAAAAGUUGGCACAAAAACAGCGAAAAAUUAUCACAGAAUUGGUUGAAAUGAUUAGAAGUAAAUUCAGACCACAUUAUGACGACUAUAACGAGUCAAUUGAGAGAGACUUUUGCGAUGCACUCAUCAGUGCUAAGAAUGACGCCCUCAGAGACGGCAAAGAGUCCGCACCCCAUCUGACCGAUGAUAACCUUUCGAUGACUGUCUUUGACAUGUUCUUCGCCGGAACCGAUACCUCUCAGCAGACAUUUCAAUGGAUUCUACUUCUGAUGACAUACUAUCCAGAAAUGCAGCAGAAGUUGAGACAAGGGAUUGAGUCCCAAAUUGGAGACCGAAUGCCAACACAUGAGGACAGGAAUCGAUGCCAUUAUGUCAUGGCUUUCAUCGCAGAGACACUGAGACUUAGAAAUGUUGUGCCGUCGGGUAUACCCCAUAAAGCAGUGGUCACGAGUACUAUUGGCAAUUAUAUGAUACCAGAAAACACGGCUGUAAUGGUAUAUCAGGGGUCGAUAUUAACGAACAAAAAAUUUGUGGAUGAGCAUGGUCAGUUUAUUACAACACGAUUACCCGCAUAUAUACCGUUUGGUUUGGGACGGAGGGGCUGUUUGGGCGAGAAGUUAGCCAUCGCUGACCUGUUCCUGGUUUUGGUCCGAUUUCUUCAGUCCACACAAGACUAUGAGUUAGUCCUCGACAGUAACGGUGGUAUAGAUCCCGACCCUAAUGUCACCGAUUCUUAUAGUCCUCACGAAUAUAACAUUGGCUUGGAUUAUUAA